AUGGAUGCUGGGCCUAUUAUCGUACAGAAGAAGAUGUCCUUACAAGGUUCAGAAACGUCCCCUGACCUGCUGGACAAGCUGUUUGCGUGGGGCGCUGAUUUGCUAGUGGAUCAGGUCAUACCCAAACUUCUUAGUGGCGAGGAAAAGAAAGAGGAUUGCAGGAUGAAAGAGAUGGAAAACAAGAUGGAGGUCACCAUGGACACAGCCCAAGUUCAGGAUGAGGCGCUGGUGGAGAAGGCUCCAAUCAUUACGAAGGAAGAGGGAAGACUGUGGCCACACAACGAAACUGCCAUGCAGAUGCGGGACAAGGUUCGAGGCUAUGCCGGCUGGCCUGGCACAACCCUGCCAGUAGCUUGCUCUGGCUCAACUGCACCUCUUGAAGGUGUACGCAUCAAGGUGGCUGAUGCUGAGAUUGUCCCUAUUGAUAGCGUCUCAAGCUUCAUCAGCUCCCAUGCCCCAGAUGAGGAGCUGUUUUUCAUCCCGGAGGUGAACGGACGAGCAGCAGUGGGGCUGCGGCCCGCAUGUGACAAAGUAAACGCCUUGUUGCUUCGAUCCUUUCACAUUCCUGGAAAAAAACAUGAGGUUCCAGCGGAGACAUUCAAGAAAGGAUACAUGAGCUUUCAACCUGCGAAAUGGAUCACGCCCGAAGAAGAAGCAGCCAUGGUAACAACAUCGUCAGGAGGCACUAAAAAGAAGCGGAAGAGGACACGAGGGCCUAGGCAGUAG